UAAUUCUCCAGAGCCCGUUGACUGCUUUCUGACUCACUGGAGUGAUUGGGGGCCAUGUAGUCCAUGCUCAGAAGAAAGAUACCGCUCAAGGAGUAUUCUGAGAUUUGGACAGUUUGGAGGAAAGCCAUGCAUUGAGUCCCUGAACGAUAAACAGCCCUGUAAGACAAGAACUCCGUGCCUGGAUGAAACAGGGCAAUGUAAGGACCAAGAGUUUGAAUGUGAAAACGGAUAUUGUAUAAAGGGUAGGUUGGUGUGUAACACAGAAGAUGAGUGUGGUGACUUCUCUGAUGAAGAUAAUUGUGAUGAAACCAAACGCCCACCUUGUGGGAAUCGUGACAUUGACGUAUCAGAACUUGGAAGAACAGCUGGCCAAGGUGUGAAUGUGUUGGGAAUGACACCGGCUCAAAAGCCAUUUUACAAUGAGUUCUACAAUGGCCUCUGUGACAGAGUCCGUGAUGGGAACACAGGCACUUAUUACCGCAAGCCAUGGAACGUGGCUGUCCUCAGUUAUGAAACAAGAGGAGACAAAAAAAUUUCAAGUGAAUUGUACAGCAACCAAGCAUCAACAGUGCAAAAUAUAGUCAAAACACAAUCACACUCUGUAGAUGCCAGCCUCUCUCUUAAAUUGAAAUCAGCUUCGUUCCCAGCUAAUUUGAAGACAGGCAUAAAUUUUUCCAAAUCAACCAGCCUGAGUGACUUCUUAGAGAAAACCAAAGGAAAGAAUUAUGAAUAUUUACAUGUCAAAUCUAGUAUACAACUGGGAACUUUCCUAAUGCGAAAACGUGGUUUGCGCUUGAGUGAGACAUUCCUGGAAGAUCUAAAGAUGUUGCCCAGUUCCUAUGAGAAGGGAGAGUAUUUUAAAUUUCUGGAAACAUAUGGAACUCAUUAUUCACAGAGAGGAAUCAUUGGAGGAAAAUAUGAGUUAAUAUACGUGUUGGAUAACCGAACUAUGACAUCCAAACGGAUCACUACAAAGGAUGUAAACGAAUGCCUAGGCUUUGAUUUAAAUCUUGGAGUAGAUAUACCUUCAACAGACCUCAAAUUCAAUGUUAACAGCAAAAAAUGUAAAGGCGAAAAGUCGGAAAAGAAUUCUACGAAUAAUGAUGAUGGGCUUAUCCACGAGGUAGUCUCGCUGAUUCAAGGUGGAACAAUAGCUACUUUAACAAAUUUGAAUGAAUUGCUUUCUUCAAAUUUCAAUUCAAUCGGUGUCGAACGUUACAUUGAAUGGGCUAAUACACUAAUUCAAGCUCCGGCAGUGAUCAAACAAGAGAUGGCCCCGAUUUCGGAUCUUAUCCCGACGACUAUCCCAGACUCCCGAAGUAAGAAAGUAAAUCUGGACAGAGCUGUAGAGGAUUAUGUGGCUGAAUACAAUGUAUGCAAAUGCAAACCUUGUCUGCAUGGUGGGACAGUGAUGCUGAUAGAUGGAAAGUGUGAAUGCGCCUGCACUCCAUAUUACAAGGGAGACGCCUGUGAAACACCGGCUUCAAAUGACAUACCAGCUGAUACAGCCGUUCAUGGAAGCUGGAGCUGCUGGUCUAGCUGGUCUGCCUGUCAGCAAGGACAACGCCGGCGAACAAGAAAAUGUGAUAAUCCUGCCCCUGGAUAUAGGGGCAGGUCAUGUCCUGGAGCAAACAUAGAACCAGGCUAUUGUUAAUUGCAGAAGGCUACUAACAGAUGUCACCAAUAUUGAUGACUGAUGUUCCAUUUAAACAACGGCAAACAGAUUUUUCUAAGUUUACAUAGCAAUGAAAAAAAAAGAAUUAAAUUUAAAUUGUUGCAAGUUGCUAAAAAGAGAAAAGAUUUGUGUUUACCAGAUUUAGAAUUGUAUUCUGAUACUACUUGUUUAAUCUGGCUGAAAGACUGGGUGACCAUUAAAAAUAAGAAGUUGGUAGAACUGGAGGGCAUGCCUACUAUGGCAUGACAAGAUUAAAAUAAAAUAAAUUAAUUAGAAUAAAUGCUGAUUUUUUAAAUCAUUUUUUAGGUGUGCCAGCCUAAGAAUUUAGAAUAAAUAUAAAAUCAAGCUUUUUCCUAAGAUACCUCUUUGAGUGUCAUAUCAGGAAGCCUUUUUCAGAAAACAAAAUCAUGGUGAGACUAAAAUGGUGGAAUUAUGGUGAAAUAAUACCUUUUACUCAAGGGGAACAUAAUCUCAAAUCAAAGAAGAAUUGAAAUCAGGAGAAAAUGUUUGCCACUGGUUCACUUAUUUACAACAAAAAAAGAAAUCUAAUUUAAACCAGAAGUUAUGGGUUUGAAUCUGUAAAAUUGAAAUUUUACUGUGUGCUAAUGUUUAACAUGUUAUUGCCAAGGUUUACAAAAAGUUGUUGAAACUGAAUCUGGAAAACAAAUAUGUGAAAUAUUGUAUGAAUCAAUGGGCGAAAAAGUGUGAAUAUAACAUAAUGCUCAAGGAAUGGGGAAAUGUGGAUGCUUGGAUUGAGAUUUACAUUGAAUUAUAAUUUGAAAGAAAACUUUUAUAGAAUGAUGUAUCAUUGGUACUUAACACUCAACAAAUUGUGUAUAAAGGUAUCUCACAUGUAUUUUGGAAAUAUUGUAAAUAAGGAACUUUUUAUAAUGUUUGAUAGAUUUGUGAUAAAGCAAAGAAGUAUGGGGGGCAGAUUUAUGCUCCAAUUCAGAAGAUUCUUAAAAUGAAUAUAAAAUUGAAACUGGAUGCUUUAUUUUAGCACUAUUGGAGCUAAAAAAUAUGAGAUUUUGCCAUUAUACGUUGACUGCAGUGAAAA